GCUGACAAUGUCAGAGGGAUCAAUAUCUGCAUAGCGAGCAUACCGACCUUUGCCAGGAGGAGUGUCGAUCAGAGAUCUCAAGUGUGGCAAUCGGAGUAGGAUCAGUGAAUAAAUACUGGCGGUGUCAGCAGUUUCUGGCAUAAAACCACCACAACACGUCCUCAACUCUACUUCAUGAUCUACUGACUAAAGUGUGUUAUCCGCCUUGAACAGAGCCGAGAAUAUACAAUUAUUUAGUACCUACCAUCCAUCCUACGCUCAGGUAUCUCACUGAUCCUAGCCAGCUUGCUUAACCCCUAUGCUCUAGCCGUCCUGCUCCGAGGCCCGCAAAUGGCUUGUCAGCCGAGAUGUCGACGGCGUGCGCAGGCAAGAUCUGCUCAUUCCAGAUACCAUGGUCGAUUGGCCCUGUCAGCGACAAGUCGAUCUGCACUUUGACCCCUCUAUGAGAGAGGAGUCGUGCAAAUGGCUGGAAUCGUUUGAUGCUCUGCAGUCCAAGACACUGAAGGCCUUCAACAAAGGGAAGUUCGACCUAUUGGCUGCUCUGGCUCACAGCGAAGUCCCUGAUGGCAGGUAUUCCAUAAGAUCUCGACGUCGACUAAGAACUAUUGCGUAAUCAAACUUGCUCCAUUUAUCCAUUGACAUCCAAAACUUCAUCUUCA